AUGGUGUCGUCGCGGCAGCAGGAACAUGGUGGGCCGAGGCUGGACACUGCUGCUGAGGACCACUCUGCCAGCGCCCCGGAGACCAGCGACAGCAGCCACACCAACUGCGGAGAGCCGGACAAAGGAGCAGGAGAGCCCGCUGUGAGCCCGCUGAGGUCCACUACAACCCUCACUGUCAGUGCAACAACCGACCCUGUGUCCGAGCAGAGUCGGAGAGAAAGCUUUACUACUGGUAACAAAGGGAGUGUUACCGGGACUUUACCAGGAGUCGGAGGAGGAGCAGCUGUGGGUUCAGACUGUUCUGCCCCUGCCAUGUCUCCAGUGGCACCCACUAAAGAGAUCCCCUGCAACGAAUGUUCAAGCUCCUUCUCUAGUUUACAAAAAUACAUGGAGCACCACUGCCCCAACGCCCGCUUGCCUACCACUGGGGGUUCUGAGGAGGGUGAAGAGAUGGAGGGGGUAGAGGAGAGUGAGGAUGAGCGCACAGGGGCUGGAGCAGAGAUGAACAGUGAGAUGGAGGAGGAGAGUGAUGUGGAGAACCUUUGUGGUGAGAUCAUCUACCAGCCCGAUGGCUCUGCCUUCAUUCUGGAGGACACCAAAGAGCAGUGUGGCAACCAGGGAGCGCACAAGAGCGCUCUCCCGUUCAGGGGUCUACUGUCCCCCCAAACCUUCCCCAACGCCCAGGCCAACAGCAGCCAGAGCGGCCUGGGCCAAGGGGGGGAGCGGUCGGAGCAGCCCGCUGCACCCAUGUCCUUCUACCCCCAGAUCAUCAACACCUUCCACAUCGCCUCAUCCCUAGGGAAUAAAUCCCUGGCGGCUGACCACCCCUCCUUCCCAAAUACCUCAGCUGGAGGGCUGGCGGGUUCUCCUCCCGUGUUGCACAGCUUUCGUGUCUAUGACCUCCGCCACAAGAAUGACAAAGACUAUCUGACGGCGGAUGGUGCAGCCAAAAACUCCUGUGUGUCCAAAGAUGUCCCCAACAAUGUGGACUUGUCCAAGUUCGAGGGCUGCAUAUCCGAUGGGCGGCGAAAGCCUGUACUCAUGUGUUUCCUGUGCAAGCUUUCCUUUGGCUAUAGCCGCUCCUUCGUGACACAUGCUGUCCACGAUCACCGCAUGACCCUGAAUGAGCAGGAGCAGAAAUUGCUGAGCAACAAACAUGUUUCAGCAAUCAUCCAGGGCAUCGGCAAGGACAAAGAACCUCUUAUAAGCUUUCUGGAACCAAAAAAAUCCCCUAACUCUGUGCUACCCCAUUAUCCCACACCUGCCAACUUCCUAGGGCCAGACAUGGGGCUCCGCAGCUUGUGGAAUGCUUUCCACAGUGGCGAGAGUGCAGACUCCCUUCAAGCAGGUUUUGCCUUUCUGAAGGGCAGCGCUAGCAGCUCCUCCAAUGACCAAACCCCCCGAACCCAAAACAUGCCAAAGGCUGAGACCAACCCAAACCUCGGGGGAGGGGCUGGUGCCCACAGGACCCCUGGAGGAAGUGCUGCUGCUGUCAUUGGUGGCAACCUGGAAGGUCGGAACUCUGAUAGUGACUGCAAAGGCCACAUUAGGGACACAUGCACUUUGCAACCCAAUGGGCUGGACUUGAGCCAGUACCCACCCAUCAAGCGGGAGCCUGGUGCAGUGGGAGGAGACAGUCCAGAUCUGGAUGAAGAUUCUUAUUCUAACGGAGGUGGAGCUGAGAUGGAGGCAGAUGAGGAGGAGGAGCAGGCCAUGACAAUGGCAUUGACAGGCCAACAAGCUGACAGCACCAGUAGCAAAGAUUUUCCUCUUUUAAACCAAAGUAUUUCCCCCUUAUCCAACAGUGUGCUUGCAUUUAGCAGUGAGAGUAAAGGUCCUUCUUCUGCCUCCUCUUCCUCUCUGUCUGUGAGUGACAAGAGACGGGACAAUAGUAAUGACUCGAGUAAUGAAACACUAACAGGACGGGAUGGGUCGUCGCCACCUGCCCAUCCCCUUGAUAUGAUUAUGUUACGCAGAGAAGAUGAGAGUCCUGGCCCUAUGCACCAACACACAGGGAACCCCAGUACGCCUGGUACUCCGGGUACCCCUGGUACUCCUGGGCCAGGGGAGGGCUCUCCGGGGAGUGGGGUAGAGUGUCCGAAGUGUGACACUGUCUUGGGUUCCUCUCGAUCACUGGGAGGGCAUAUGACCAUGAUGCAUUCACGCAACUCCUGCAAAACACUUAAGUGUCCCAAAUGUAACUGGCAUUACAAGUAUCAGCAGACACUGGAUGCCCACAUGAAAGAAAAACACCCUGAGUCUGGGGGCUCCUGUGCCUACUGCCGGACAGGACAACCCCAUCCGCGCUUGGCCCGAGGAGAGAGCUAUACCUGUGGAUACAAACCUUUCCGCUGCGAGGUGUGCAACUACUCCACUACCACCAAAGGCAACCUUAGUAUCCACAUGCAGUCAGACAAGCAUCUGAACAAUGUCCAAACACUCCAGAAUGGCGGAACUGAGGUCCAGUAUAACCACAACCACACCACCCCAGUGCCCAGUGCCAGCCUCGGCGGGGGAUGCGGUGCCCCCUCACCCUCCAAACCCAAACAGAAGCCCACAUGGCGAUGUGAGGUUUGUGACUAUGAGACUAACGUGGCUCGGAAUCUGCGGAUCCACAUGACCAGUGAGAAACACAUGCACAACAUGAUGCUUCUGCAGCAGAACAUGAAGCAGAUCCAGCACAGCCUUCACAUGGGCCUGGCCCCGGCUGAGGCUGAGCUGUACCAGUACUACCUGGCCCAGAACAUGGGGCUGGCUGGAGUCAAACUGGAGAACCCGGCAGGCAGCACCGUCCCAGAGCCUCCAAUGAUGAUCAACCCAUUUCAGCUCGACCCUGCCACUGCUGCUGCGUUAGGAUCUGGCCUGGUGAACAGCGACUUAUCGGCGGAGCUCCGUCUUGCCGGUGGUCAGCUGAUGGCAGAUGACCUGUCCUUGGUUACCGCUGGAGGGAUGGGGGGCAUGUCCUCUUCAGACCCCUCCCUGUCGUCCUUGUCACCUCCCAUCAGUGACCCCUCCCUGCGCCUGUACCAGUGUGCCGUGUGCAAUUGUUUCUCCUCGGACAGCCUGGAGGCCCUGAACGCUCACGUCAACGCAGAACGCUCUCUGCCUGAGGAGGAAUGGCGCUGUGUCGUGGGCGAUGUUUACCAGUGCAAACUCUGCAGUUACAACACCCAACUAAAGGCCAACUUCCAACUGCACUGCAAGACUGACAAGCACAUGCAGAAGCACCAGCUGGUUGCCCACAUCAAGGAGGGGGGCAAGGCCAACCAAUGGAGAUUAAAGUGUGUGGCCAUUGGCAACCCUGUACACCUCAAGUGCAACGCCUGUGACUACUACAGCAACAGUGUGGAUAAACUGCGACUUCACGCCACCAACCAGCGGCACGAGGCGGUCAUUCGUCUGUACAAGUACUUGCAGAAGCAGGACAGCGCCUUCAGCCCAGAAUCGUGCAUAUACCACUGCACGCUUUGUGACUACUCGACCAAGGCCCGGCUCAACCUGGUGCAGCACGCUCGCUCGGCCCGACACCAGCAGAGUGAAGGCCUGAGGAAACUGCAGCUCCACCAGCAGGGCUUGAGCGGCGAGGACGAGCUCAGCCUCCAAGAGCUCUUCCACGUCAAAGAGAACCUCAACCAAGAUGAGACUGGUGAGGACAGUGAGAGAUCACCUCGCUCCUCCUCCAGGCCGGGAAUGACUGAUCGAGACUUGACAGAAGGCAGGAAAAGUGAGCGAAACAAUGCCAUAUCCAAAGAGAGUUCAGGACCUAACAGCAUGGGUAAACAUUCCCUUUCGCAAGAUCGACAAAAUGAGACACCACCAAAAAGGCCCAAGUCUGCUGAAGGGAAGACUUCUGCCAAUGAACAGAUCCAGCAGUGCCCUUAUUGCAACUACAGCAGCAAAGACGCCAACCUAAUGCAGCUCCAUGUGAUGUCCCAGCAUUCCAUGCAGCCUGUGAUCCGAUGUCCACUGUGCCAGGACGUCCUGAGCAACAAGAUCCAUCUACAGCUACAUCUGACCCAUCUCCACAGUGUGGCACCAGACUGUGUGGAGAAACUUAUAAUGACGGUUCUUGGACCUGAAACAGCAACACCAAAUAAUGUAAUGCAUCACCAAACGGGACAAGACAAAAUGGAGACUUCAGGCUCUGUUUCUGAAGGAACCGGAAAGGCUCAAGGAAACAACUUAAAAGAGGAACCUGGUACACAGGACAAGAAUGAAAUGGAAGUGCAAUGUGAAGAACUUAAGCCUCCCAAAGAAGCCUCCGAGGCACCGGACUGGAACAAAGGCACUAAUGUGGGACAGGAGAAAUCUUCUGAUGCCUUACAGGACCAUAUAACCGAGCUCCAGAGGCUCCAGCAGCAGCAACAACAGCUGUCAGUGUCUGACCGUCAUGUCUACAAGUACCGCUGCAACCACUGCAGUCUGGCCUUCAAGACCAUGCAGAAGCUUCAGAUACAUUCCCAAUAUCACGCCAUCCGAGCAGCCACUAUGUGCAGCCUGUGCCAGCGUAGCUUUAGGACAUUCCUGGCCCUCAGGAAGCAUUUGGAAAACGGCCAUCCUGAACUAAGUGAAGCUGAGGUGCAGCAGCUAGUUGGAAAUUUACCAAUAAACGGAGACAUCACUGAGAGUGAAGUCAGAGCUUUAGAAGAGGCCCAAGCCUUUGAACACGACUUAGACAAAGAUGAUGAACUAGACCAAGAAGACAAACCCAGUCCCACUGGCAGUGACAGCGGCUCACUUCCAGACGACAUGGGAGCAGAACCAAAACGGACCUUGCCAUUCAGAAAAGGGCCCAACUUUACUAUGGAGAAGUUCUUAGACCCGUCACGGCCUUACAAAUGCACUACCAAAGCCAGAACAGCCAAAAGUGAAGCAAGCAGCAACAACAAUGGCUCUAGUGGUUCCGUGCCAGCAAAGAGUCCAGUGCCCAGCUCACAGGGGAACCAUAACAGUUCUGAGAUGACAAGGAGUGGCACACCUUCAGCUAACAAAGAAAAUUCUGUGGAAUCCAAAGAUGCGAACAACACCAACGCUAAAAUGGCCACAACCUCUGAGCAUGUGUCCUCCCAAAGCAGCAGCCACCAGUCAGCCCAGGCCUCCACUCAACUACAGCUCCAACUUCAGCAUGAGCUCCAACAGCAGGCCGCUUUCUUUCAGCCGCAGUUUCUCAACCCGGCAUUCUUCCCCCAUUUCCCCAUGACCCCAGAGGCGCUACUGCAAUUCCAACAGCCCCAGUUUCUGUUCCCCUUCUACAUCCCUGGGGCAGAGUUUAACCUCAGUCCGGAGCUAGCCCUACACUCUGCAGCUGCUUUUGGGAUGCCGGGUCUCGCUGGCUCAUUUCUGGAGGAUCUUAAACAGCAAAUGCAGCAGCAGCACCAGCUUCAGCAAGCCCAAGCUCAGCAACAAGCUCAACAGCAGCAACAGGCCUCUCAGUCUCAGAAAAGCCAGCAGAGCCUUAAACUUAAGUCUGAGUCCAACGCCAUUUCUGUUUCGGAUGUCCAGAUGUCACGAGAGGCCGAAGAGCAGCUUGAGAAGCAGGAGAAUAAAGCAAAAUUAGAAAAUGGAGAUGACAAUAAAGAAAAUAAAGACAUUAAAAAGUCCAAGUUUUCAGAGCCACUCAUCCCUCCUCCACGUAUUGUGUCAGGAGCAAGAGGAAAUGCGGCCAAGGCACUGCUGGAGAACUUUGGAUUUGAACUGGUGAUCCAAUACAAUGAGAACAGACAGAAGAGUCACAGGAAAAACAAAGAAGGGACAGAUCAAGUGGAAGUAAACACAAGACAAGACAAGCUGGAGUGUGGCAUGUGUGGGAAGCUUUUCUCCAAUAUGCUCAUUCUGAAGAGCCACCAAGAGCAUGUCCACAGCCAAUUCUUCCCCUACGGUGAGCUUGAGAAGUUUGCUCAGCAGUACAGGGAGGCCUAUGACAAACUAUACCCCAUUAACCCUGCUUCUCCCGAGACUCCCCCACCACCUCCACCUCCCCCUGCGCCACAACAGGCCCCUGCCCCUGUGACAACUCCACAGCCAGCCUCCACGGCCAUGCCCAAGUCCCAAACCCCAGCACCUCCACCCGCUGCGGCCCCACACCAGAGCACACAUCAGUCAGCUCACCAGAAUGCUCCAGCCCAGCCACCUCCACCCCCUCCUCAACAAGCCGCCCCUCCUGCACCACCACAAGUGCAGAUGCCUGUCUCCCUAGACCUGCCUCUCUUCUCCCCUCUCAUGAUGCAGUCAGUGCAGCACCCAGGCCUGCCCCCACAACUGGCUCUUCAACUGCCUGGCAUGGACUCUCUAUCCUCCGACCUGAGUCAGCUCUGUCAGCAGCAAUUGGCGCUCGAUCCAAAUUUCCUGCGCCAGUCCCAGUUCAAGAGACCACGCACACGUAUUACCGAUGACCAGCUGAAAAUUCUUAGAGCCAACUUUGAUAUAAACAAUUCUCCAAAUGAAGAGCAAAUCCAAGAGAUGUCUGAAAAGUCUGGCCUGCCACAAAAAGUUAUAAAACACUGGUUCCGCAACACCUUAUUCAAAGAAAGGCAGCGUAGCAAAGACUCUCCGUAUAAUUUCAACAUUCCUCCUAUCACCACACUGGAAGACAUCAGAUUGGAGCCACAAGUUAGUGCUCUCGAUUACAGAACUGAUCCAACAAUUAACAAGAGAUCCUCCAGAACUAGAUUCACCGAUUACCAACUAAGAGUGCUUCAAGAUUUCUUUGACACAAAUGCCUAUCCAAAAGAUGAUGAGAUAGAGCAGCUGUCUACUGUCCUGAACCUACCAAGCAGAGUCAUUGUGGUUUGGUUCCAGAAUGCCCGUCAAAAAGCCCGCAAGAGCUACGAAAACCAGGCUGACGCAAAAGACAGUGAGAAGAAGGAGCUAACAAAUGAACGCUACAUCCGAACUAGCAACAUGCAGUACCAAUGUAAAAAAUGUAACAUUGUGUUCCCAAGAAUAUUUGAUCUCAUCACUCACCAGAAAAAGCUGUGCUACAAAGAUGAGGAUGAAGAUACAAAUGAAGAAUGCCACGGUGACGAUUAUAAUGACUCUUACGACCUGAGUCUGCCCAGCAAAAUAUAUUCAGAGUCAUCCAGGCAUCACCACGGGACGGCCACCAGCUCUGGUUCCAGUUCUCCAACACUGGCCUCUCCUCAUACAAGUAUGGGCAAAAUUUCACCGAAGCCUGAGCCACUUUCCCUCGAAAACGAACCAAAACAAACUGAGAAUGCCCCUUCACCUGUGAUAAAAUCCCUUCCAGAACCAAGACCGUCAAAGGCCUGCACUCCCCAACCUCCCCCACAAAAAGCCACCCAACCCCCCAUGUCAAGACCCCACUCCCAGCCCCAAGCAGCCUCUGUGGCCUCCAGUCCUCUUUCCAUUGCUCUCUCCACACUGACUAACAGCUUGCCCCACCAAAUGCUGCAGUACCAGUGUGAGCAGUGUAAAAUUGCUUUCCCAACAAUGGAGUUAUGGCAAGAGCACCAGCACAUGCAUUUCCUGGCUGCCCAAAACCAGUUCCUCCACUCUCAGUUUAUUGAAAGACCAAUGGAUAUGCCCUAUAUGAUAUUUGACCCAAACAACCCACUUAUGGCCAGUCAUCUGCUCUCUGGAGGUCUAACCCAAAUCCCCUCACAGAGUAGUGCUAGUCUAGCAUCUGCUGGGGGCAUGAAGAGAAAAAUGGAUGACAAGGACGAGUCUACAAAUGAUAAAGAUGGUGGAAACAGUAGUGAAGAACAACACAGAGAUAAGAGACUGCGAACCACUAUAACGCCAGAACAACUGGAGGUACUUUAUGACAAAUACCUGCUUGACUCAAACCCAACACGUAAAAUGCUGGACCACAUUGCACGAGAGGUUGGGCUGAAGAAGAGGGUGGUGCAGGUAUGGUUCCAAAAUACUCGUGCCAGAGAAAGAAAGGGGCAGUUCAGAGCCAUUGGUCCCUCCCAGUCGCAUAAGAAAUGUCCCUUUUGUCGAGCCCUCUUCAAAGCUAAAUCUGCUUUAGACAGCCACAUAAGGUCCAGACAUUGGCAUGAAGCGAAACAAGCAGGCUUUAGUUUGCCCCCAAGUCCAAUGAUGAAUCAAGACCAUGACAGAGGGGAAAGUCCAAAUAAGUAUUCCUUUUUUGACUGUCCGCCCCUGCCGACAAAGAGUGAGCAGAAUGACUACGAUCUGCCAGCUGCAUCCUCUACUCCAAUGAAACCAACUGAAGCUCAGUUAAAAAACUUCUUAAGCCCUUCAUCCUUAAAAGCUGAAAACUGUGAUGAAACUGACGGGCCCAAUAUGAAUUCAGCAGAAACUUCAUCCUAUGACCUGAAGAUGGACUUUGAUGAGACUUCAUCAAUUAAUACAGCCAUUAGUGAUGCUACCACAGGUGAUGAAGCCAACAACUAUGAGAUCGAGAGCUUCACUGCAAAUGGUGGUGAUAAGCUCAAUGACAACAAAAACAAUCCCCUCGCAAACUCGGAUUGUUUAAACGACAGGUUCCAGUUCAGUAUGGUCAGCCCUUCGCUGAGCUUCUCUGGAAAAGACUGUGACUCUUAUUUCAGCUCUCGAGAUGACGACAUGGAGGAUAUGAACGAUCAAAGUGAGUCAUCUAGCCUCGCUGAUCCAAGUUCACCAAGUCCAUUUGGUUCGACUAACCCUUUUAAGUCUGGCAAAUCGAACAAUGGCGACAGACCUGGACAUAAACGCUUCAGGACACAAAUGAGCAAUCUGCAGCUCAAAGUCCUCAAAGCAUGUUUCAGUGACUACCGAACCCCCACGAUGCAGGAGUGUGAGAUGCUGGGCAACGAGAUUGGACUCCCCAAACGUGUCGUUCAGGUGUGGUUCCAAAACGCCCGUGCUAAAGAAAAGAAGUUCAAGAUAAAUAUUGGAAAGCCUUUUAUGAUAAGUCAAGGCUCUCCAGAAGGUCCCCGACCAGAGUGUACCCUGUGUGGUGUGAAGUACACCGCUCGCAUGUCUGUGCGAGACCACAUCUUCUCAAGACAGCACAUUGCCAAAGUGCAGGAAACCCUGGGCAACCAGGUGGAUAGAGAAAAGGACUACCUAGCACCAACCACUGUCCGUCAACUUAUGGCCCAGCAAGAACUGGACCGCCUAAAGAAAGUUGGAGAGGUCCUGAUGCCCGGGCAGCAGACUCAACUGGACAACAACAAUGCACUUCAUAGCCUCAGCCUGCCCUCGGGAUAUCCCGGGAUGUCAGGGCUCCCCCCAGUGCUGCUCCCAGGGGUCAACGGGCCAUCCUCACUCCCUGUGUUCCCUCCAAACACACCUGCUUUAGCGUCUCCCGGUGCUGGCAUGCUUGGGUUCCCUACACCAGCCACCCCCUCUCCUGCCAUGUCUCUGAGCACUACCCCAACCAAGACUCUGCUGCAGACUCCUCCACCUCCUCCUCCUCCUCCUCCUGUUCCCUCCACACCUUUGACAGUCAAUCACACAGAGCAGCAAAGCAAGGACGCAGAGAGAGACCGCAGCAAGAAGCCAGGAGACAAGCCUGUGCAGACCAAGAAGGACAGAGAGAACGCCAGCAGCCCCCGCCCCAACACUCCCAGCACAAACAAGAAGAGGGAGAAGGCUGCUCACCUUGCCGGGAAAUCAGCAAGUGAGGUGGACGCCGCGCAGCUGCAGGCCCUUCAGAACGCCAUGGCUGCAGGUGACCCCAGCGCCUUCCUCGGAGGGCAGUUCCUGCCAUAUUUUCUCGCUGGAUUUCCCAACUGCUUCACUCCUCAGCUGCCCAGAGGAGUCCAGGCUGGGGGCUACUUCCCUCCUCUCUGUGGAAUGGAGAGCCUAUUCCCCUACGGCCCUGCAUCUGUCCCGCAGGCGGCCAUGUCUGCAGGCCUCUCCCAGACUGCUCUACUGCAACAGUAUCAGCAGUACCAGCAGUCUCUCCAGGACUCACUGCAGAAGCAGCAAAAGCAGCAGGAGCAGAAAAACCAGAAACAACAGAGCACUACCAACUCUUUCAAACCAAAAGAAGUGUCAGAGGUGAAAGACGAACCCAACAAAGGCUCUUCGACAGAAAGCACAAAAGAAGAACCGAAAACUGAAACCAAAAGUUCCUUUGAUUUAGCAGAUACGUUUAUCGUCCCGUCCGUCAAGCAUGAGUUUAUAUGCAGAAAGUGCCAGAUGAUUUUUGCUGACGAAGAUUCUGUGGUGCGUCAUCAAAAGUCCUUCUGUUACUUCGGACAUCCUUUUACUGACCCGCAAGAGACAGUGCUUCGGAAAGCAGUAAGCAACUACACGUGUACUGCCUGCAACGUGGUUCUUAAUGGGAAAGAAGCACUUGGCCAACAUCUUCAGUCGAGCUUGCACAAAGAGAAAACAAUCAAACAAGCAAUGAGAAAUGCCAAAGAGCAUACUAGAUUAUUACCUCACACUGUCUGCUCCCCUACUCCUAACACCACAUCUACCUCGCAGUCUGCAGCUUCUUCUAAUAACACCUUUCCUCAUCUCUCUCGCUUGUCCAUGAAGUCCUGGCCAAAUGUCCUGUUCCAGGCCACCACAGCCCGGAAAGCUGCUUCCUCCUCCCCGUCUGCCUCUCCUCCCCCUCCCCUGUCCUCACCUUCAACGGUUACCUCAACUUCCUGCAGCACCUCAGGGGUUCCAACCUCACUACCCACCGAGAGUUGUUCAGAUGAGUCUGACAAUGAGCUAAGCCAGAAGCUGGAAGACUUAGAUAACGCGUUGGAAGUCAAGACUAAGCAGGCCCCUGGCCUAGACGCGAGCUUCAGUAGUAUAAGAAUGGAUAUGUUCAGUGUGUAG